AUGUCUCCCCUCAUGAGUCGCGAAAUUGUCUUCUGCAUUCCAAACGACCGCCCAGAUCUUCAGAUGACCGAAGAACAGACAAAAGUCAAUGAUGCAACCAAAGAAAUUUUGAAAGCUUGUGUCAAUGAGUUGUAUUUCGUUAUCAAAGCUCAACCUUUCCCCUUCACUCGAGUACUUCGAUUCGCCGACGUUCUCAUGGAAAAUGAUCGUAAAAUUAUGGAAAUGCUAGACAAAAGACAUCUAAUCACCCCUGAAGUCUUUGAGAACGACCAAAAAGUUUUCAUGAAGAUCAUCGAGGACUGGCAGAAAGAGAUCGCAGUUCGAUACAUCGAACUCUACAAAUUUCUGAUGUAUGUCGAAGAGACACACGCCUACGAGGGAUUCCGAUCCCUUUUCGACCUGCCGGAUGUGGAAAAAGACAUGAGCGACGAAGAAAGGCAUAUAUCAAACUUUGUUAACAGGAAAUUCGUUUGGAUGAAUUCUUCUGUAGAGCCCUCAUGGCUCUACAACAGUCUCCAAUUCUAUAACACCUUGCAAUACGUCCAGAACCCCAUAAAGACAAAGAUCUUGGCACGAUAUGGACCGGAGUGA